GAAACCAUAAAUAUGAGCAUGAGCUGCUCAUGACGAGGAAUGUUGCGAUUCUAACUCCAGGCCCCACCCACGCUUGCCGGACUUGAUAGAGUUAACGACAUGUAUUCAAUACUCCGCUCAGCCAUUACCUGGCUCCUAGCCACAUCUCCAAUUUUAGCAAUCGGCGCUUCUCUUCAGCAGGUAACCGAGGAUAUUGGCCCAAACCCAAGAAAAGUCGGGUUCUACAUCUACGUGCCUGACAAACUAGCCGCCAAACCUCCAAUUCUGGUUAAUCCCCAUUGGUGUCACGGCGACGCGAAAGCCUGCUACUCGGGUUCACAAUACGCAACGCUGGCUAGUAAAUAUGGGUUCAUCGUGAUCUACCCCGAUAGCCCGAACACGGCUGAUAAAUGCUGGGAUGUAUCUUCAAACGACACCUUGACGCAUGAUGCGGGAGGAGACAGUCUCGGAAUCGCGAGUAUGGUGCGUUGGACAUUGAAGAAAUAUAAUGGCGAUUCAAGUCGUGUAUUCGUCACUGGUGUUUCAUCUGGUGCUAUGAUGACUAGUGUGUUACUCGGCGCAUACCCCGACUUAUUCGCCGCCGGAUCUGCAUUCUCCGGGGUACCAUACGGGUGUUUCGCGGGGAAUGGCUACGGAGUCUGGAGUGAUGCCUGCGCUACUGGAAAGGUCAAGAAAACCGGAGCUGAAUGGGCUGCGCUGGUUAAAGCCGGCUAUCCAGACUACACGGGAUGGCGACCCAAGGUCCAAAUUUUCCACGGCACGAACGAUGAGGUGCUCAACUAUACAGACUUCGAAGAAGAGAUUAAAGAGUGGACUUCGGUGUUUGGAUUUAGUGAAACGCCAACGAACUCCACGCCUAAUACACCGGUCAGUGGAUGGACAAGAACUGUCUAUGGUGACGACAAUUGGUUCCAGGCGUAUAGCGCUGCGGGGGUUUCGCAUAAUAUCCAGAACCAAGAAAAUACCGCUAUGGAAUGGUUUGAUCUCACUUGCACGAGUGAUGAUUGCUUCAAAUGGGGACAAGGAGGUGCACCUUAGUAUGUUAUCGUAUCUUUUCAUUGAUAUCCUUUUUUUCGGUAUAGUACCAAAAUCGCCCUCGUGGAAAAAAUGGUAGAUUGAGCAUCCUCCGAAUAUCUUGGGUCACCCUCGCGUGUUUGACUGUCUCAUUGACUUAAUGCAUUAAACGAUGGUGACGCCAUGGGCCACUGGAUGUAUUGUAUAUAGUACAUAGUGCGUUU